GGUGUCAUUUAUCAGUAGACCCAGUAUUAAAGAAUCGAUAACUGAUUAAAUGUGCAAAUACCUGUAAAAUAUUUGUAGUCACAUGGUUGGCAAAAGAGAUCUGCUGUUCAAAAUUCUCAUGUAGAACAAGCCCCCCUAUUUUAUUCAAGUGCCUCCCACCAGCAUGAUGUAAUUUGAUUCUGCCAAGAGCUCGCCAAGGCUGCCUGCUGUGGCAUGCAAGACUAUGCCUAUAUUGUUUAGAUACAUUGCAAGAUGACAGCACAACCUGUUUCCCUCUGGACAAUGGUCCUGCGGUGAGCCUCUGAACAUCUCCAUCAAUACACAGCAUUUAAUUCAGUGGCUUUAGGCAAAAAAGUUAUUUCCGCAUUCAAACAGCUAGUCUGUUCAGCUUUAGCAGCAUUCAGUAUCGCUGCCCAUGUCAAAAGUGAUGUCCUUCAUGAUUGUCACAAAACAAGGAGAACAGGUUCUUCCACACUGGCCCCAUAGAAUAUCGCACUUUAUUUACAAAAGGCAGAAAGGGGAGAUCGGUGCAAAGGUGGCAGGAGAGAGUAACCAGAGACAUUCCCCGGGAUUUUCCUGGCUGUAGUCUGGCAGCAGGUCUGUGGGAGUGAGAGAUGAGAUGCUUUAACUGUUGAUGGGUCAUUUGGACCAACUUUUUUCUCAGUGACAUGCUUUGACCGGAACAAAAACCAAAGAGCAGCGGCAGCAAGUUUUACUCAGAAAUCCCAGUGGAGCUAUUUCAUCCUGUAACCAAUGGCAACAGUCCAGGCCCUGUCCUUGACCCAGGACCCCAGCAAAAGCAUCGGUGCUGUUUACCCCACAUCCUCUCUGGCAUCCGGCCACUGCGUCAUGGGAAGUGUAGGCAGCCUUAUUGAGAAGCCAGACGUGUCGCUUACCAAGAGCAAUAGAGCCGUUCCACAGGUACCAGGACGCCAGAACCACGGCCUGCUCAAGAAGGGUUUCAACCAGAGAGAGCUGCUUAACUACCUGAACAUAACCAAGAAGGAAGUGAAAAGCAGCAAGCACAUCAUCUCUGGGACAUCCUCCAUCAAGAGAGAGCACAGGAGAGAGGAGGAGGAUUUCUAUGCCAAGGUCUACCACAGGGAUGGAAAGGAGAUUGAUUUGGGAAAGAACUCACUUCCCAUAGGUGGAAAGUUUGACAAGCCACGUUUCAGGCCUUCUGCCUUUAAACCGGUCACUCCAAAAAACUUCAGUUCCAUGCAGAACCUCUACCCAUCCAAGUCGGAGGAGCUCGAGAGCGGCUUAACCAACGGCAUGCAUCUGUCCUAUGCCAAAGCAGCACCCAAAUCACUGUCCACCUCUUCUACGUCCUCUUCCCCGUCACGACCUGGCACGAGUGCCAGCAAAGGCGUGCUAGCAGCAGCCCGGGACCUCAGCCAAGAAGAGGAGAACACAUCGGACUCAGGGCAUAACUCCAUGAACAGCCUGCCGCCCUAUCGGCCGCCGUUCCGCCCUCACUUGGGGCAAAUCAGUGCCUCUAUGGGUCACAUCAACCACAUUGGCUCCCUGGAUCGGACCUCGCUGGGCUCCAAAGGAGCCGCCUCCACCAUCACGGACGUGUCCUGUCAGAGCAUGGCUACGUUGAACCGCCUGCAGUUCUAUGGCAGUGAGGCCCCGCCCCCCUACGAGCUGUCGCACUCGCUGGAGGACGUGGUGAGGGACCUGGAGGAGCAUCUGCAGGAGAAGGAGUACGAGCUGAGGCAGAUGAGAAGGAACCUGGAUGAGAGUGAGGAUGCCAUUGCACAGGUUUUUGAAGGGAAGCAGCGUCUUUGGGAGAAGGAAGUGACAGAGUUGAAGCACCUGUACAUUGCCAAACUGCGUCAGGUAUCGCAGCAGUCCCAGCGGUCACAGCGAAACCUGCAGCUGCAGAUCUAUAAGGCACAGCAGGAACGCUACCGGCUGCAGGAGGAGCUGGAUGCUGUCCGGCUCGAGUGUCAGACCCUGAAGAGUCAAGAUCCAACGGCACACAGCCAGAACAAUAAUCCCCAGCUGGAGGAGACUCAAUGGGAGGUCUGUCAGAAGUCAGGAGAGAUCUCUUUACUGAAGCAACAGUUGCGGGACUCUCAGGCAGAGGUCACCCAGAAGCUGAGCGAAAUCUUCUUCUUAAAGACUCAACUGCACGAGGCACGCAAUCAGAUCCAGGCCAAAGACAGUCAGAUGGACAUGCUGCAGAUGGCCCUACAGGGCGCCCGGCGGAAAUGCCCCUUGCCUGCUUCUGAGGACGCUCGAGUGGACACGGGUGACACCGGAGGAGCCAGUGCCACAGAGGAGCGUCUCAGAGCUGAACUGCUGCUGGAGAGGCGGCAGAAUGAGGCGCAGACUUCAGCCUUCGAGGCUGAGAGGAGCACGUGGCAGAACGAAAAGGAGAAGGUGAUUCGGUACCAGAAGGAGCUGCAGGCCAGCUACCUCGAGAUGUACCACAAGAGCGAGGCCUUGGAAAGAGAGCUGGCAAUGCUGAGAGGGGGCAGGGCCAGAGUGGAAGGGGUGGGAGCAGGGGGCGGGGAUGCCAGCGGAGCCUUACAAGAAGAGAAACCGCCCACUGGUCUGCCCUGGAUAGAGAGGAUUGAGUCUUCUGAAAUCUGACUUUGUGAGUGUUGUUUGGCCUCUCAGAUUAGGCUGAUGCCAAAACCUCUGGCUCCUAAUCUGAGUUUGCCUUUUGAUUUCUGAGACAAUGUUUUAAGCUGAAUAAUUAAACUACUGUAUAAACUGCAUACACACAUGAACCAAAAGCAUAAUAGAGGUGCAAAAUGAACAUUAUGUGAUGUUUUGUGUUGCAGAAGUAUUGAAAGGGAUUUUGUUUUGAUAAAUGUUUAUCUGAAGCAUCAAAACAGAAAAAGCUUUUUUCUUUUUUUUUUUUUUUGUGCAAAAUUUUCACCCCAAAUUUUAUUUUAGAGAUGAGAUUUGUAUUCAGAUUCUUAAUCAAUCACAAUGUUUGAAUUAAAUUGCGUAUAAAUUAGCAGCUUGAUUGGAAUGUUCUAGCACUAUUUUUCCAUUAUAGUUCUUAUUUUGUGCUUUAAUUAUGAAAUAUUACCCCGUGCAGUUUAUGAUAAAUCACAACUUAAAGCAUCAUAUGUUUAUGCUGCCGUUCUUCAGAGACUGAAAUCUGAAGUGUAUGGAGACUAAAAAUUUGUUCUUGUGCAUUCCCUACAAAGCAUGUUGCACUUUAAAGGCAUACAAUGUAAGAGUUGUCUGCUUUUUUGUCUUUUGCAUAAAAAAAGACAUCCCUUAUAAAGCAUUUCAAGCUACUAUGUGUAUUGAUGUGAUCUGGUGGGCUUUUUCUGCUCUUUUGACCUAAGAUUUCCAUAAAUGCAUGAAUGUAAGAUGACAAUUCAGGAGAGUUUUUAUGCAAAUGUGUGUACACACUCAAAAAAAAAAAAAAACUCUUUAGCUGAACUUGACUCAGUCAUGGACAGUGGUUCCACAUGUUUGAAAUGAGUUUUCUUCAAUUCAGUUAGGUUCCCUCUACUUGAUUUAAGUUUAAAUUAAAUGACAAUUUUCCAUGUAAUUUCAACUGAAAUCAAGUAGAGGGAACCUAACUGAAUCAAGUAAACCCAACAUAAUUUAAUAUGUCAAAAUAACUCAAAUGAUGUGAUAUGCUAGCUAGUGACAGUAAAUGUUAGCAUGCUAAUUACAUGGUGAGAAGCACUACUGAGUGCAGCUUGGUCACUAUCCUGGUUAGCACAGCAAUUGCUCAAGCUCCGCUCUUCAUGAUUAACCACAAGAAAACAGAAAUUCUUCUAAAUCUCAACAUAACAAAACAUUAAACACUAACAGUUCUCCCUCUUUAUAUUAAUCUUGCACAAAGACACAUAACAUAACACUUUUAACAUUUACUCUCCCUGUCGAGUCCCUUGCAAUGCAUGCUUGGAACUAGAAAUCCUCUGCCCAGUUUCAGUUAGCCAAACAAAAAAUAUUCAUGUUGUCCCAACGCACAUGGACUAAGUAAAGCUCACAAGACACUUUUUUUUUUAGUUGAAUCAACUCAUUUAAUUUAAGUUUCCUUGGUUACAUGAAUUUUUUGAGUAAUAUGAACAUGGGAGGAUUGAGUAAAAUUGACAAUAGUGAAAUUCUUUUCUUUUUCUUUUUUUUUUAGUGCAGGACUAUUGAAAAGACUUGGAAGUUGUUGAUAUAUCUUCACCUAGCAAACGAUACUGUAACUUAAAAACUACUUAAUUUCAUCUUCUAUUUAAUGUAUUAAUUAGAUUUGUACUAUACAGGUCUGAUGUUCUUUACCUCAGUGUCACAUAAACCUUGGCAUUUUACUUUAAAUUGACUGAAGAUUUUCCUUUUUACUCUGAAAAAACAAACAAACUGUCUUUCAGUUAGUGUAAAAUAAAAGUUUAAAACAUGUCUUCCAUUAUUGUUUUCUUCCACGUACUCUAUAUUUUAUUCUUAA